AUGGCUCGUACGCUGCAACCGCCAGGCCCAGCUGGCCCGAGUUCCCGACAGAGGGAAGACCAGCCAGCCGGCGCAAGUCACGAGCAAAGCGUCAGCCUGAUGCCGGCGCCAGACAAGGAGGAGGAGCCCAACAACAAAAACAGCCCGUUCUUGCGGCUCCUCAGCGAGUUGAAGAUCAUCGUCGUACAAUUCGUCCCGGUCAGGGACAUUCCGAGCCUGCGUCUGGUAUCGGCAAGCUGGGCGGCUGCAGGCGCCGCAUCGCUCUUCGGACAUGGCUUCGUGAUGCGCCCUUACCGCAACGACAUGGCAAAAUUGAGAGCCAUCAGCCAGCAUCCCCGGAUCUCGAAGGGUGUUCGAGAUGUCUUCAUCUACGCCGGUGACGUGGACCGGAGCCAGCUGGAAACGACCAUCGAGCUGGAGUGGCGUGCGCUGGAACUUGCUUCUUACGGCCAACCUGCUUCCAAGAUCUGGAGAUACGUGGAUGCGAUCUUUGAUGAGGACCGUUUCAACGACUACUGCAAUCCGGAGACCCUGGGGCACUGUCUCCCUUUGCUUCCCAAUCUCGAGACCGUUGAAAUCAUCUCUCGGGAAUGCCCUGUCCGUUGCAAUAACCCAGAUGGGUCUCCAUUUGAGAGAGCGUGGGACUUUAUGGAGGACUCAAGAGACGAAGAGAUUGCGGAGAAGUUCAGUCAUUUCUUGAACAACUUGACCUCGAUCCAAAGAUACAGCAGCAUUCUUUCCUCUAUACUAGGAGGGUGCAACUCGCUCAAGAAGAUCGGGAUGGAUGCCUUCCCCAUCGACAUCUUCCGACCCCGGAAACUCCAGACCACACCGGAGGAGAAGGCCUUGCUCGCCAUCCUCUCAGAACAGCUAUCCGCCUUGAAACCCGGCCCGAGUUUGAAGAAGGGCGUGGCUAGUGUCAGAGAGCUAAGCAUUUCUAUAGCCGGAGCCGGCUACAUCCGGAACUACGCGGCAUGCAUGGGCGAAGCGAUGGCCAAAUUCAUCGGCUGCUUCGAAAACCUCACCUACCUCAACAUCUCUUACGAAGUAGCAGACGAGGACGAGCACGAUGCCGACAAAUGCUGCAAGGGCUUCCAAGCCUCCCUCUUCCGCUGCCGAUUCCCGCAUCUCGUCAGCCUCCGCUUCCAGGGUACCGAUUCCGAACCUCUCGAGGUGGGCAAGUUCCUAUUCCGGCACAGGGACACCCUCAAGAACCUCUACAUCGGCGAGUGCGGCGUCAACUUUCAAGAUUCCACGCACAAGGAGAUCCUGACGUAUCUCCGCGACCACAUGAGUCUCGCCAGGUUUGAGCUCUUCGCUGAGAUGCCACGGAUGUAUGAUGCCUACUUCGAACCAACCGCGCAUUCCGGCUCGAAUGAUGAUCUGCUACGGGACUUGCCCGACGCGAAAUUGCUGGAGCUGUAUGUCAUCGGCAAAUUCCCGUGGCCGAUGGCAGAUGAGGACCCGUUAACUCGGUGUGGAGCAUGGCGUCGGAAAUUCAUGGGAUCGUCCACCGAGUUGCUAAACCUAGGAAAGGAGGAGCUUGAGGAUCUCUUGGGCGAUGGUUGGGAGUCGGAGGGCGCGUCGGAGAUGGAGGAGGAGGGGGAGGAUGAUGACGGGGAGGUGUUUAACGGCCUUUCUGACAGUGAUGGGCUGGAAGUGGAAGAGGAAAGCCACAGUGAAGAUCCACCUCCUGAUGAGCUCGGCGGUGGUCCGCGCGGAGUGACCAUCCGUGAGGUGGAUCCGGAAGCCGGAGAGUGGGAGGAUAUCACGAAUUUUGAGGAAAGACUGUGA